AAUUUGUGGCGAAAAAGACACACACUAUACUCUAAGAGUACGUAUGAGGAAGGACCUCAACUAAGCAAACAAGGAGAAAUAUUAAAAAAAGUUAAGAAUAUAAGUAUACAAGUGACUUUUACAAAAAUUAAGUACAAAAAAAAAAUAAAGGAACAUUUUCAAAGCAAAACAAAAAUUUGUAAAACCAAAAAAAGUGCCGAUGAAAAAGACACUGCAAAGGAACCAAAAGACAAUAUGUGCUACUGACAAAUACAAAGUGUUUGCGUAGCAUUAAAUUUACUUGAAAAAAAAACAGCAAUAAACCGAAUUUAUAAAAAAAGUGAAAAUUAUUAUUCCAGCAGUUUGUAUCAAAGUGCUGUUUAACUAAAAGCAAACAGAAAACAUGUCUAAACACAAAAUGUGCUAAGAAAAAAAUCAAAAUAAAGAAAAUACAGAAUUUUCUUGCUACGCAAUAUUUUCUACAAGUUCCCGUGCACCAAGGCUAGAGCAGCGAAUUUCCGCUUCCGCGUUUUGUCUGCCAGCCUGAAUCACAAAAAGUGUUAAGAAAAUUUUCUUAAAUUCCAUUUCUACAAAUAUUUAUUUAAUUUUAAACGAGAAUAAAAGACAAAAAACUGCAAAAUGUCUGUGCCAAUGCUGUUGACUCUAACAAAUCCUGCCGCCAACUUGGGCGUUGAGUUGGUUGAGACGCUGCUGGUGGAUGAGCAUAUCAAAAGUUGCGCUUCGUACGUAGACGCCGCAUCGAUUAUGAACGAAAUUUUGGUUUUGGAUACGGCCGCGCCAUCAACGACAACUUCACCAUGCACGCCUACGCUGCAGCAAUUCGCCGUCGAGUUGCACACUGACCUGGGUCCUAACGAACGCGUCGGCCUGACAGGUGAUGUGAAAGCUUUGGGUGAAUGGCGUUUGGAGCGUGCUAUUGCAUUGCAGCCACAACAGGGCGGCCGCAAGUGGGAGGCCAAUGUGUUACUGCAGACUUGCCGCAACAUCAGCUACCGCUACUUUAUCUACACUGAGGACAAGCAAGGACGCAAGCAGAUACGCCGCUGGGAGACACGCCUGCAGCCGCGUGUGCUCAAGCCUACUGGCGAGUUGGCUGCGGCCGAGACGCGCGUCGAUCGUUUUGGUGAUGCAGAUGGCAGCGGCGAGACGCAAGUGAAUCGUGGCUGGUUGACCAAUGAGUGCAUAGUGCAGCUGAAGUUCGAACGCGAGCAAAUGUUCCAGGUGCUUGAUAUUGAGAAAUUCGAUCCAGCCGAUGAGGUGUAUGUGAAGAUUUUGCCCCUAAAUGAAGAGAGCGAGCCAACUGAGGCGGGCGUACAUGUAGAGGUGGCCAAGUUGAAGUAUGGUGAGAGUCACUUGCAGGCACAGCAGGCUUUCGGUAUUGCAUAUGAGCGCGGCGACGUUGUUGUAUUCCACAUCACAGCGCCUUGUCCAUUGCAGACCGCCUUUGCGUUGCUUUUCCACACACCCGAUCAGCGACCAGUCGGCAAGGCGGUAAUUACAGCCGAGCAGCUCGCUGGUAGCGAGGGUGUUCUGGAGUUGUCUAUUACCGAGCCGGUACCCGAAGCCACCACCAUCAUAUCGCGUCUAACGCUACCGUACCUGAUCGUCAAGCCAUUUGCCGACAAGACACUUGACUUCCGCACCACAUAUGCGCAUUACUGGCCCAAGAGCUGGCCCAAUCUGAAUGUUGGCCACCGUGGAAAUGGACGCAGCUACAUUGCAGAUCCGCCCGCCGAACGUGAGAACACAAUCGCUUCCUUUAUGCGCGCCUACGAAAAAUUCGCUGACAUGAUCGAGUUGGAUGUGCACUUGACAGCCGAUGGCGUGCCGGUGAUCUAUCAUGACUUUGGUAUGCGCACAGCGCGGAAGGGCAAGGAAAUCACCAAGCCAGAACAACUGGAGUAUGUGCUGAUCAAGGAUGUGGAUUACGAAAAGUUGAAGCAAUUGCGCGUGUUCGCCAUCAUCAAUGGCAAGCCAGUCGAGUUUCCGUCACACAACGCCGAGCCACGUGUGGAGCAUCGCAUCUUCCCUACGCUAGUCGAUGUACUUGAGGGACUGCCCAAGUCCCUGGGCAUCGACGUGGAGAUAAAGUGGCCACAGCGCCGUGCUAGUGGCGCGCCUGAAGCGCACCAGACAAUCGAUAAGAAUUUCUUCACCGAUCGCGUACUGGCGACCGUCAUCAAUCAUGGCUGCGGCCGUCCGUUGCUCUUCUCCAGCUUCGAUGCGGACAUAUGCACCAUGCUGCGCUUCAAGCAAAACCUUUUCCCUGUGAUGUUCUUGACCCAAGGUCAGACGAAGAAAUGGUCACCCUUUAUGGAUUUGCGCACGCGUACUGUCGAACAGGCUAUCAAUAAUGCGCAAGCCUUCGAAUUGGCUGGCACAGCGCCACACGCUGAGGAUUUGCUGAGCGAAGAGGGCGCCGAAUUGCUGCGAAAAGCGCGCAAGCUGGGCCAAAUUUCGCUGGUCUGGGGCGAUGACUGCAAUUCGAAGGAGCGAGUGAAGUACUUCGUGAACAUAGGUGCGACUGCGACUUGCUACGAUCGCACAGAUUUAUACAUACCCGAUGACAAGGAGCGCGCGUUCUUCAAUUCGACUAGCCUGUUGGCAGAAUUCGAGGACCAGUGUUUGCGUUAAGUGGGAGCAGUGUUAGUAAUAAUUGAAGGGGGUAGGGGGGUGAGCGAAAGUCCAUCACAAGGAGGGUAGUUAUUAAGUGACAAUGUUUGAUCGGCCUGUCGAUCGGCGAAAAGUGGGCGGGUCAUUUG